AUGUGGGUGGCAUCAAAAUCCACCGAUUUUACUCGUUGCUCCCCUGAAUCUAAGCAUAGGCAUUGGGCCGCAAAGGUCCUGAAACGAGGUCAACGGCAGAGGAUGGCCGAUAGUUCAAGUAGCAUUUCUGAGAAAUCGAUCCUAGAAAACCUACAGACAGAUUGUGCUACUCCUCUAAAUGUACUUGGAAACAUUGCGGAUUCAAUGAUCGCUCAAAUGAAAGAUGGACUUGAUCAUGGUGGAAGUGAUCUUCAGAUGCUUCUCAGUUACGUUAAUAGCUUGCGUACUGGGCAGGAGAAGGGGUUGUUUUAUGCUCUGGAUCUUGGAGGGACAAAUUUUCGUGUGUUAAGGGUACAGUUGGAUGGGGAAGGUAACGUCGUCGUUGAAAAAAAUUCCUGGGAGAUACCUGAAGACCGGCGGACUGGUACCCAAGAGGGACUAUUUGGUUUUAUUGCCUCGGGUCUAGCGGAAUUUAUAGUAGAGGAAUGUGAGAAAUACAAGAUUCCAUUAGAUACGAAAAGGGAGAUAGGUUUUACAUUUUCCUUCCCAACAAACCAGACGUCUAUUAAUGAAGGGACAUUAAUCGAAUGGACAAAAGGGUUCAAUAUCUCAGAUACAAUAGGAAAAGAUGUAGUUGCCUGUUUGAAAGAAGCUAUUGUAGUAAAACAACUUGAUAUGUUUUCAGUAACUGUGCUGAUCAAUGAUUCUGUGGGAGCGCUCGCUGGAGCAAGAUACAAGGACAGCGAUGUGAAAGUUGCUGUCAUUUUGGGCACUGGGACUAAUGCUUGUUACCUUGACGAGAAUAAUGUCUUCAUUAAAUUUCAGAUCAUUAAUACAGAGUGGGGAGCAUUUUUUGAUCAAGGAGUACUUCCUUUAACAGAAUUUGAUCAACACUUGACAAUGCUUGAUGUUUUCAAUUGCCUUAAACAGAUAUAUGAGAAGAUGAUAUCUGGUAAAUACCUAGGCGUACUUGUGAGCAAAAUUUUGCUCAAGAUGGCUGAAUCAGAAAAUUUGUUCGGUAAAUACUACACAGCUCCUAAAGACAUUCUACUACUAUUGCGCGAAGUGGCUUGUGAACUGUGUGGUACUGGUGACAGUUCAGGAGGACUCGAAACUGUUGGAUUAAUAUUAAACGAAAGACUCAAGGUAGAGACCUCCUUGGACGUAAGAAGAACUGUUGUAAAUGUGAUUGAUACUAUUGUCAAAAGAGCAGCACGAUUAGCUGGUGCAGGCAUAGUCGCAAUUCUUAAGAAAAUGGAACAAGAUACGCCAGGACUUAUUUAUGAGAAGAGGACCGUGGUGGCCAUUGAUGGAAGUUUAUAUGAACAAUAUCAACAGUACCAAUUAUAUCUCAAAGAAGUAGUCACCGAGCUACUUGGUCCAUUCGUGUUUAUAAAACAAUUCCCGGAUGCUUCCGGAGUUGGAGCUGCUUUAUUGUCUGGGAUCGAAUAA